UGUUAUCUAUUAACAGAAUGCUGAUAAGUUUGAGGGUCUGCAUAAGAAGCGCAAGUUGAACCUGUGCAGUAAUAGUGUGUGGACAUUGUACUUAUUCAUAUUCAACUGUUGACUUCUUUCACACCACUGAUAGAAUGCCUAUCGUACGGUUGCUCGUGAGUCUUUUACUCUUUGGUUCAUCUGAAGCUGGGAAGCUGUUGGUUAUUCCGUCAGAUGGCAGUCACUGGCUUGGGAUGAAGCCUAUUGUGGAAGAGCUGGGGAGGAGAGGGAAUGAGGUGGUGGUGGUCAUCCCAGAUGCAAGUCUGAGUAUGGGUCCAUCAGAUCACACCACGACUAUCUCUUAUCCAGUGCCUUACAGCAAUGCUGAACUAGAAGAGAAUUUAGCAGGCAACGUAGACAGUAUUAUGAGUAUUGAUAUAUCAACAGACCUGGCCAGGUUUCAGACAUACUUUUUCACACUGGAUAUUCUACAAACAUUUACAGUGAAGAAUGCAGAGAGUCUGCUUUUCAACAAGGACCUGAUGAAGAAACUGAAAGACUACAACUUUGAUGCCAUUCUCACCGAUCCAUUUGAGCCUGUCGGAGUUAUUGUUGGUGAAUAUCUCUCCAUUCCGGCUAUUUACAUGCAAAUAAAUCAUCCAUGUGGGGUCAACACUCUUGCCGGUCAAUGCCCAAGUCCACCGUCCUAUGUUCCUAAACUUUUUACUCAAUUUACUGACCACAUGAGUUUUUGGCAAAGAAGUGUGAACCUGGUAAGGACUCUGCUGCAACCCAUGGCUUGUGAUUAUCUAUUUGCUCAAGCAGAUGAGAUUGCCUCACGUUUACUUCAAAGAAAAUCAUCCAUUGUAGAAAUCAUGAGCCGUGCUGCUCUCUGGUUUAUGCGAUUCGACUUUGCCUUUGAAUUUUCACGGCCAGUGAUGCCCAACAUGAUCAUGAUUGGAGGGAUGGCAACCAAGAAAUUAAAACCUUUGUCACAAGUAAGCCAUCAUUGUAAAUUUUACAUGCUAUACUGUAGUUCCACUGCAGAAUUAUAAG